UAACCGACUGUGUCUGCUUUUGCCCCUCUCUCCUCUCACUGUCAGUCGCUGCAGGAUUUGUAGGACUUUUCGAGCGUCUCCUGCAUCCAUGAGGAUGUUGUGGCUGCUUUUCUUCUUGCCUGCCUGCUCCUUGGCCCAGCGAUCAGAGCCCAUGUUUACGGCCAUAACCAAGACCGUCCUUCCUCCGGACUAUGAACACAACCCCACCCAGCUCAACUAUGGCGUGGCUGUCACUGAUGUGGAUGGGGACGGAGACCUGGAGAUAUUUGUUGCUGGCUACAAUGGCCCUAACCUGGUGCUGAAAUAUGACAAGCAGAGGAAAAGGCUUGUCAACAUUGCCGUUGAUGACCGUAGCUCCCCAUUCUAUGCCCUGAGAGACCGACAAGGCAACGCCAUCGGAGUUACAGCAUGCGACAUAGAUGGGGAUGGACGGGAGGAGAUUUAUGUCCUUAACACCAAUAACGCCUUCCGUGGUCCAGCAACGUAUUCUGACAAGUUAUUCAAGUUUCGUAACGGACGCUUUGAGGAUCUGCUGAGCGAUGACAUCAAUGAGCAUCGAGAUGUAGCCAACCCAAUGGCUGGGCGCUCAGUGGCCUGCGUGGACAGAAAGGGAACUGGGCGUUAUGCUAUCUACAUUGCUAACUACGCCAGUGGAAAAGUGGGGCCUCAUGCUCUCAUUGAAAUGGAUGAGGCAGCGAGUGACCUUUCACAGGGCGUUGUUGUUCUCUCCAACGUGGCGGAGCAAUCUGGAGUCAACAAGUUAACUGGGGGGAGAGGUGUCGUAGUGGGACCCAUUGUCAGUCAGACUCUAUCGGAUGUCUUCUGUGACAAUGAAUAUGGCUCCAACUUCCUGUUCAGGAACAACGGAGAUGGAACAUUCAUUGAUGUGGCACAGCAGGCCGGUGUGGAAGACCCCAUGCAGCAUGGCAGAGGGGUGGCUCUGGCAGACUUCAAUCGGGAUGGUAGGACGGACAUUGUAUACGGGAACUGGAAUGGACCUCAUCGCCUGUACAUCCAGCAGAAUAGCCGCAAGCAGAAAUUCAAGGACAUAGCCUCCCAGAAGUUUUCCAUGCCAUCCCCCGUCCGAACCGUCAUUGCUGCAGACUUUGACAAUGACAACGAGCUGGAGGUUUUCUUCAACAAUAUCGCCUACAGAGGCCCCUCCGCCAACAGACUUUUCAGAGUCAGCAGGAGAGAACAUGGUGACCCCCAGAUUGAAGAGUUAAAUAUUGGGGAUGCUGCAGAGCCUGACGGACGAGGAACUGGAGCUGUUGCCACAGAUUUUGAUGGUGACGGGCAUCUGGAGCUAUUAGUGUCUCACGGUGAAAGUGCAGCUCAGCCGCUCUCUGUUUACAAAGUCAACCAGGGCCUCACUAACUCAUGGCUACGGGUGAUUCCUCGGACAAAGUUUGGUGCUUUUGCCAGAGGAGCUAAAGUGGUGGUGUAUACAAAGAAGAGUGGCCCACACACACGGAUUAUAGAUGGUGGUUCAGGGUACCUAUGUGAGAUGGAGCCUGUCGCCCACUUUGGCCUUGGUAAGGAUGUGGCCACCAAUGUUGAGGUCUACUGGCCAGAUGGCCGCUCAAUAGCCCGGCCCCUGGAGCCUUCAGAGAUCAACUCAGUACUGGAGAUCCAUUAUCCAAGAGAUGAAGAGGAAGUCACUCCCACUGUGGAAAUAGAGUGUGGCCACGGCUUUGCUCUGAAUGAAAAUGGCCGUUGCACAGAUAAAGAUGAGUGUACCCAGUUCCCCUCUGUGUGCACCUCUGACCGCCCUGUCUGCACCAACACUUAUGGCAGCUAUAAGUGCCGCGCCAAGAGGAGAUGCAACCAGGGCUUUGAGCCCAAUGAUGAUGGGUCAGCCUGUGUGGCCCAAGUAGCUUACUUUGGGGGAACACAGUCUUCUGGGGAACGUAAUGCUUUCUGCAUUCUUUCUUUCUCUUUUUUACCACUCAUCUCUACACAUCUGCAGAUGGGACUGCUGUAGCUGU